AUGAGGACAUCGUCGUGGCGAGCCGUGUCGCUGCUCUUACUAUGCCUGGUACUAGCCUUUGUCAACUGCCAGGACGCCGCCCCAAAUCAACAAGAUGGCUCCCAUCAUGACACGACUCCGUAUCUCACUCCCGAACACGACCACCCCGAAACACAUACCAAACUACCAUACGAACAGAGUCCAGCUGUCAAGGAUGCUCUCUCCUCUCUACGCAAGAUUCGCCCAGCAACGAGCCGCCUUGCACGCCUCAGCAAGCCCUCUGGUCUUGUGGCCAAGACCAUCUACUAUGCCAAAGAGUUGUUUGUCCUUCUCUUCAUGAACCAGCCCGACCAGAAGGAUCUCCUCAUCACCGACGCUACUCCUCCGCCGCUUGCUCCCGCUCUUUCUCGCGCCGUCACAUUACUCCAAGAUGCCGUCGCCGAACAAGAUCCAGAUGCUUUGUGGCUGUUGGCCGAAAUGAACUUCCACGGCAACUUCACCCACCCUAGAAACUACUCGCGCGCCUUCGAAUACUACCAGACUCUGGCAAAUAUGAACGGUAACAGUUCUGCCCAAUACAUGCUAGGCUUCAUGUACGCCACCGGUAUUGGAAAUGCCGUCCCACAAGAUCAGGCUAGAGCUCUUCUAUACCACACUUUCGCUGCCGAGCAGGGUGACAUUCGCUCUCAGAUGACCCUGGCUUACCGCCAUCAUUCUGGAAUCGCCACACCUAGAAACUGUGAAGAGGCGGUACAUUGGUACAGAUUGGUCGCUAAGCAAGCUGUUGCAUUCUACAAGUCUGGUCCUCCUGGUGGUCACUCUUUGGUCAAGAAUGCUUUCCGUUUGGUUGAUGAGGAAGGAGGCAUCUACGGCGAAGGUGCGAGUGUCAGCAGUUCCGGCAUCCAUGCAAAGACUGGAGGCCCUACAUCAGAUGCCUACGCUGAUCUGGACGACGUUCUUGAAUACCUCGAUUUCCAGUCAAGAAAGGGCGAUCUUAAGGCUACAUUCCAUCUUGGCAGACUCUACUAUGACGGUUCUCGGGGACUAGCUCGCAACUUUCCCGAGGCCAAGGAUCACUUCAUGCAGGUCGCUAGAUCAUACUGGACUUCUUCUGGCAAAGUCAAGUCUGAUGUCUCGUCCGUAGUCGAGAAGCUUGCUCCCAAAGCUGCUGGUUAUCUUGGCAGAAUGUUCUUGCGUGGUGAGGGUACUGAGAAGAGCUACAGCAAAGCCAAAAUUUGGUUCUCUCGCGGUAUCGAACAUGGCGAUGCUCUGUCACAAUACUCUAUGGGAGUCAUGUAUAUGGAAGGGCUGGGUGUCCCUAAAAAUCCUGUGAGAGCUGCUGAAUACUUCUCUCCAGCCGCAGACCAAGACCUUGCAGUGGCUCAGACAAACCUGGGCAUCUUGUUCAUGGAUCAGGGAGACGUCCACACUGCAAGAAGUUACUUCGAUCUGGCUGCCCGCAACAGUCACAUCGAAGCCUUCUACUACUUGGCUGAGCUGAGCAAUCAAGGUGUUGGUCGUGAUCGCUCGUGUGGCAUGGCCUCUGUCUAUUACAAGAUCGCAUCCGAAAAAGCCGAAGUUAUCCACUCAUCCUUCAUCGAAGCAAACGAGGCUUACGAGCGCGGAGAUCUGGAAACCGCCAUCAUCGCCUACAUGAUGGCCGCUGAACAAGGCUACGAGAAUGCACAAGCCAACGUCGGAUAUUUACUCGACCAUACUCGCCCACGCUACUCACUUCCCUCAAUAUUUCCCUUCCUCCGCCGUCGUCUUGAUGCAGCCGGUGAUGCAGCUCUUGCUCUUAUUUACUGGACUCGUUCGGCCAAACAAUCGAACACUGACUCUCUCGUCAAGAUGGGCGAUUACUAUCUCGACGGUGUUGGUACUGCCUCAUCUCCGGAGAAUGCAGCUAUCUGCUACCAAGCCGCUUCUGAAGGCAUGUUGAGCGAAGGCAUGGCAAGCGCGCAAGCCAUGUGGAAUCUUGGUUGGAUGCAUGAGAAUGGCAUUGGCAUUGAGCAAGACUUCCAUCUAGCCAAACGUUUCUACGACCAGGCACUUGGCACAAAUGCAGAAGCAUAUUUGCCCGUCAAGCUGAGUCUUGCAAAGUUGAGAUUGCGUAGCUGGUGGAAUGGCGUCAGUGGUGGUAGUGUCAACUCGAUCAGAGAUGAGCCUUCCCAAAAGCCUAGUCGAACACUCAGUCAGUGGGUCAGCGACUUCCUCGAGGCCGACGCAGCCUACUACGCCGAGCAUUUCGAAGCAGAUGAUUGGGACGAUGCACACCAUCACAUGCCUGGCGGCGACGAUUUCUACGACGACUCAGAUAUUGACGACGGUCUGAUCGAGAUGUUCAUGAUCGUUGGUCUCGCCGCUCUACUUGCUUUCUUGGUGUAUUAUCGUCAACAGAGACAGCAGGAAGCAAGACGUAGAGCAGAGCAGCAAGGUCAGCAACCAGGAGCAGAUGGCAAUGUAGCAGCACAGCAACAGCAAGACCAAGGUUUCUUCCCUCCACCAGGAGAACCAGAGUUUGCCAAUUGGGUUGCUGGAGGAGUGGGACAUUGA